AUGACUAGUACGGUAAAUGCCCCUCUGGAGGUUAGUUAUAUCAUCACCAUCAUCGUUAAUGGCAUCGCUUGUCCCCUCACCCUUUUGCUUAACGUGCUGGUGAUAAAGGCCGUGAAAACAACACCACGACUCCGAACCAACAGCAACAUCUUGCUUGCCUGUUUAGCGGUGACUGACGCAUUGACUGGUCUUUUUUGCCAGCCAUCGUAUAUCCUGUGGAGGGUAUUCCUAUUAUUCCGUCUUAGUGGCAGUCAAACAGUCAUGACUUUUUAUUUGACUUCUACGACUGUACUGUUGAUGGCUUCACACCUUCAUUUAAUGUUGGUUACUUUUGAAAGGCUCGCAGCGAUCAAAUUUACGAUGCACUAUCAAAGCUUUAUAACUAACGACAACCUGAAGAUGGCAGUAUCAGCAAUUUGGUCCUCUGCUUUCAUGUGUGGGGUUUUCACGGUGUUAAAAAUGAACUUAUUACUCCAGUUUAUCGGAAGCCUUAUCACAAGUUCAUGUAUUUUUUUCGUUGCCCUCACUUAUGUGAUUUUGUAUCAUGAAACACGACGCCACCAAAGGAAGAUAAAAGCACAGCAACUGCCUCAAGAAGAAGUGGAAAGAUUUAUUAAAGAGAGCAAGGCGCUUAAGACAACAUUGUUUAUAGUUGGUGCAGUUGUCGGUUACCUCCUUCCACUUGGUUUCUGUCUCGUCAAUACAGUCACUCGCCUUUUUAAUACAUGCCCUAUCAACAUACCGUUGAUGCAAACAUUUGCCAUGUUAAAUUCGCUUGUUAAUCCGCUGAUCUACUGCUGGAGGCAGAAAGAAAUGAGAAACGUGAUAUUUAAAAUUAGAACGCAGGUCGUACAUCCAGCCGGCUAG